GCGCACGGAGUCGGCGGCGCCAUGGCCAGGGCGCACGGCGGCGGCGGCUUCCCUCGGGCGCUGCCGCUGCUGCUGCUGCUGCCGGUGCUGCCCCGCGCCGCCGCCGAGCAGGUUGUCCUGCUGGACUCGAAGGAAUCGCAAGCAGAGCUGGGCUGGACCUCGCACCCAUCCAACGGGUGGGAAGAAAUCAGUGGGGUGGAUGAGAACUACAAGCCGAUCCGCACCUACCAGGUCUGCAACGUCAUGGAGCCCAACCAGAAUAACUGGCUGCAGACGGGCUGGAUCGCCAGGCGCGACGGCCAGAGGAUCUUCAUCGAGCUGAAGUUCACCCUGCGGGACUGCAACAGCAUCCCGGGCGUGAUGGGCACCUGCAAGGAGACCUUCAAUCUGUAUUACGUCGAGUCCGACUCCGACCUGGGCCGUAGCAUCCACGAGAGCAAGCACACGAAGAUCGACACCAUCGCUGCGGACGAGAGCUUCACGCAGGGGGACCUGGGUGAGCGUAAGAUGAAGCUGAACACGGAGCUGCGGGAGAUCGGCCACCUGAGCAAGCAAGGUUUCCACCUGGGCUUCCAGGACGUGGGUGCCUGCGUGGCGCUGGUCUCCGUGCGGGUCUAUUACAAGAAGUGCCUCGCCACCCUGCAGAACCUGGCGCUCUUUCCGGACACGGUGGCAGAGACGGCCUUCGCCACGCUGGUGGAAGUUAAAGGAACUUGCGUGGAGCACGCCCAGGUGGACGUGGAUAACCCCCCGAGGAUGCACUGCAGCGCUGAGGGCGAGUGGCUGGUCCCCAUCGGGAAGUGCGUGUGCGGCCCCGGCUUCGAGGAGAGGGACGGGAGGUGCAGAGCGUGCCUUCCUGGAUUUUACAAGCUUUCACUCCGUCUUCCUCUCUGCUCUCCUUGCCCCGAGCACAGCUUCACGCACGAGGAAGCCUCCACGUUCUGCUCGUGCCAGAAGAACUACUCCAGGUCCCCGUCGGACCCUCCGUCUGCCUCCUGCACGCGCCCUCCAUCGGCCCCGAGGGACCUCGUCUACAGCCUGCGCCGUUCCUCGCUGGUCCUGCAGUGGAGUGCCCCCGCGGACGCGGGUGGCCGCAGCGACCUGACCUACAGCUUGUGGUGCGGCCACUGCCCGGCGGCACGGGGCGGCUGCGAGCAGUGCGGCAGCGGCGUGGGCUUCGUGCCGCAGCAGACGGGCCUGGUGGAGCGCACCGUGACGCUGGUGAACCUGCUGCCUCACGCCAACUACACCAUCCGCGUGGCGGCCCUCAACGGCGUCUCGGCCGUCAGCCCGCUGGCGGGGCAGCAGUACGCCGAGGUCAACGUCUCCACCGGGCUCGCAGCGCCAACUCCCAUCACCGACAUCCGCACGGAUAAAAUCGAGCAGAAGAGCGUCUCCUUGUCGUGGCAGGAGCCGGGCUUCCCAACCACCAACAGCACCGAGUACGAGGUCAAGUACUACGAGAAGGAUCAAAGGGAUCAGAGUUACUCGACCGUGAAAACCACAUCAACGGCUGUGACAGUCAAUAACCUGAAGCCUGGCACCCUCUAUAUCUUCCAAAUCCGGACGUCUUCCUCACAGGACUACGGCAACUACAGCCCUAGUAUUGAAGUGGAGACGCUGGCAGAGCUGACAGUGGCCUCCAGUGAGCAGAACCCUGUCCUCAUCAUCGCCGUGGUGGCCAUCGCGGGGCUGACGGUGCUGGUGUCCAUGGUCAUCGGCGUGAUGGUGUGGAGGAGACAGUGUGGGUACAGCAAAGCCAGCCAGGACGGGGACGAGGAGCUCUACUUCCACUUUAAAAUACCCACCAGGCGGACGUACAUCGACCCUGACACGUGCGAAGACCCCAUGCAGGCCGUGCACCUCUUUGCCAAAGAGCUGGAUAACGCCAGCAUUAAGAUCGAGAGGAUCAUUGGGACAGGGGAGUUCGGCGAGAUCUGCCGGGGCUGCCUGAAGCUGCCCAGCAAGCGGGAGCUGCCGGUGGCCAUCCAGACCCUGCGGGCCGGGUGCUCGGCAAAGCAGCAACGCUGCUUCCUGGCUGAGGCGUGCACCAUGGGCCAGUUCGACCACGCCAACGUCAUCCGGCUGGAGGGGGUCAUCACCAGAGGGAACACCAUGAUGAUAGUGAUGGAGUACAUGGGGAACGGAGUGCUGGACUCUUUCCUCAGGAAGCACGAGGGACAGUUCACAUCCACCCAGCUCAUCAGCAUGUUGCAGGGGAUUGCCUCUGGCAUGAAGUACCUGGCAGAGAUGGGUUACAUACAUAAAAGCCUGGCCGCCCACAAGGUCCUUGUGAACAGCAGCCUGGCGUGCAAAAUAACGGGUUUCAGGCAGCCGCAAGAAGACAAGAUGGAGACCAUCUUCACCACCAUGCGUGGGAAGAGCCUGGUGCUGUGGUCAGCCCCCGAAGCCAUCCAGUAUCACCACUUCAGCCCGGCCAGCGACGUGUGGAGCUUCGGCAUCGUCAUGUGGGAAGUCAUGUCCUACGGCGAGAGACCCUACUGGGACAUGUCCCACCAGGAUGUGAUGAAGGCGGUGGAGGACGGCUUUCGCCUGCCGGCCCCGGCGAACUGCCAGCCUCCCCUGCACCAGCUCAUGCUCGACUGCUGGCAGAAGGACCGCAGCCAGCGCCCCAAGUUCUCACACAUUCACGAUGUCCUCAGCAAGAUGGUGCAGAGCCCACAGCCCCCGCCGUGCACCAGGUCCCGUGGCACUGCCGUGCCCCUGGCCGAGCGCUCCUUCGCAGCCUUCCCGGCCUUCAGCUCGGUGGGAGAGUGGCUGGAAGCGAUAGAAAUGGGCAGGUACCGGGAUAACUUCACCGCCGCGGGCUACUGCUACCUGGAGUCCGUGGCCAGGAUGACGGCACAAGAUGUUCUGAGCCUGGGGAUCACACUGGUGGAGCACCAGAAGACCAUCCUGAGUGGCAUCCAGACCCUGCGGGCCCAGGUGAUCCAGAUGCACGGCCGGGGCGUGCAGGUGUGACGGAGCACGGAGCACCGGAGCGGGAGGAGGUGCUGGCCACGUGCUGGCCCCAAACCGGACCAAAUCUCUGAAACUUCACGGUUUCAGGUGGGAUGUAGGAGUCACUGGGCUGCUGCCCAGUGAGUCAUUCCAUGUGGCAACAGGGCAGGGUGGCCUGUCCCCUGUGCCAGGGAAGCCGAGCAUCCCUGGGACACCAGGCACAGUGUGCCUGGGCAGCUGUGGUUCUCCCCAUCGCUGCUCUGUAAGACGAGUCAAAUGUAACGAUGCCAUUUCACAUGGUAAUUAGGUCAACAGGGUGGAUGGACAUUUGUGCACUGUCUUAAUCCAGAGCCGAGAGUGUUUUCCUAUCUAGCAUCCUACUGGUGAAAUCCAUGGGUAUUUUUAUACAGGCUGACAUCUUCUACCAACCCCACCAGGAGCUUUUAUUGCUUUUAUUUAUAGAGAC